AUGGAUACCUUGGUUAAAAAUCAGAAAAUAAUAGACAUCGCUAUCGAAAUAUCAAAUAGUAACUUUAACUUUAGAAUAGAAACCGUCGUUGUUUCGAAAGAUGUUGAUGAAGCGAUUAUUAAUAAAUUCCUUCAAAGUUACAAAGGAACUGUAGUGGUCGAAAUGAAGAGGGACGGACCACCUCCAAAACAAGUGGUUAUAUUCGUGGAAUCAUACUUCUCGUUUAAAAAGAUAUUGGGAAUUUUAAAACCCGACCUAAAGGGAAAGUCGUUGAUGCACAGUGGAGCGAAACUUGUAAUUAUUUUAUUGUCACACCCACACAACCUUCGGCAAAUAAACAGUCUUCUAUGGGACUAUUAUGCCAUCGAUGUAGUAAUAAUAGUCGAACGAAAGGUCGGAAAUAUAGCUCUAUACACAUAUUUUCCUUACAAAAGUGAAACGGAUUGUGAUAAUGUAGAGCCUACGUUGAUUGGGUUGUGGAGUGAAGAUAUAAAUCACAAAAGUAAACUAUUUCCAGAUAAAACAUCUAACAUGAACCAUUGUCCUUUAUUUAUUUCAACCAAUAAAGUUUACCAUCCGGCAACUGAACACAAGAUUCCUUUACAAAUAAUUAAGAAGACAUUGCAUAACAUGCUACGAGACAUAGUAAAUAGCACCCUCGUUGUUAUAAAUCGGAAAUAUACAAGCAUUGAUUCAGACAGUACUAUGAGUUGGUCUGAAUCGCUUAACGACGUGAGUCGUGGUGUUGUUAAUAUUUCAACUUGCACCGUGUCGCUUGGAUUUGACAAAGGAGGUUUGUUUGACUAUUCUGUGCCCUAUUUUAGAAUACGACUAGCCUGGAUAGGACCACCCACUACAUUCGGCUCAACUCUGUGGAAACUAUUGGUACCUUUAAAUGGAUAUUUGUGGCUUGUAUUGCUCAUCGUUUCUUUUAUAGUCAUAACUAUUCCGUACAUAUCGAAGAUUCAAUGCGUUAAGCCAUUCUGCAGUCGAUAUUUUAAAAACCUCAACAAAAUGCGAAGAAUUACUUUCAGAACAUGGGGCGUUAUGGUAGGACAGCCCAUACGAGUUAAACCAAGGAGAUUUCGAGAUUUCUAUUUAAUCAGUCUAUGGAUUUGGUUCACUUUCAUUGUGAGAAGCGCAUAUCAAAGCGUGUUAAUAGGAGCAUUGAAGACAGACACCAUUAUUGGUAAUUUCCUAAAUCUACAAGAAGCUGUCGACGAUGGUUAUCAUUUCGGAGGUCGUUCAGGAAUAUUGGCGUAUUUUGAACAUGAUCCAAUAAUUGAAGAUCGUUUUCAAGUGGUGCUCGAAUCUAAGUACGAUCAGACAUUUCGAGAUGUUUUAGAAAACAAAAAGAGAUUUAUUAUUGCGAGCUCUUUGGAGUACGCGUGGACGUUGUGUUUAGCUGAAGCGAUAAGCGAGAAAGAUUGCGGUUAUUUAUUGCCAGAUUCGAUACUAAUGGUACCCUUGGUAGUUUGGAUGAAGAAACAUUCACCAUUUGUUCGGCCCUUGUCUGUGUGGUUACCGAGAUUGAUAGAAAGCGGAUUGUUGAUAAAAGACGCAGAACAAAAACCACUACAGAAUAUUAUUACAUCGGAUCCUACGCCGCUGACUAUAAAACAAGCUGUUAGCUGUUUCUUAUUACUUAUUCUGGGCUACGGUAUAUCCAUUACAGUGUUUGUUCUAGAAUUGUUAUUAAAAAAACAAUCUUGUUACGGAUGCUAUUUAAAAAAGAAUAAUUUCAAUACACGCUGCUAA